GUUUAGAUAACCGGCUUCACCCCCGACAGUUGAUGGGCUAUUCUCUUGUGUUUUCAUUCUUCGAAAAGCAGCGAGAACGCAAUUCUUCGAAUUAAGCUUUCUUCGAAUUUUAGACUCCACGAUUCUUCAAAUUGUUUACGAAAUGAAUCUAGAUUCCCUGGAACCGACCCUAACUAAUGAUUAAAGCUGGUUCAGAUGUAACGAUCAUGUCGUGAAUCGUUUUGUCUAUCGAAAUCCUGGAAAAAUGUAUAGGAAAACAGGAGGUAAACGAAUUCGCAGAAAACAUGAAAGAAAGUUCCGGGACAUGUUCUGGGAUUGAAAAGUGAGUCAGCAGUAUCGAAUGAAAAUAUUCCAUUCUACCUUCCAGGUAUUUCAAUGUUUGUUUUGGUUCCUUUCGAAUAGCACCGAUGCUUAUAUUCAUUCGUUGCUUAGUACCCCUUUCUGGAAUUUCCUUUUUCUUUGAUUCUGUAAAUUCAAUCUCUAAUCAUUGAUGUUUUCAUCAGAAAUUUAUAUAACUGAUCGAAAUUUACCAUCUAAGAGAGAUGGAUAUCUUAGAGUGAAUUCUUGAAGCCUGAUUGGUUUAUUUACAUCAGUGGGGGUGAAAUCCGCAUGAUUAUGUAACCUACCCGGAACACACUCACAGCUGACUGUUUGUAUACAUUUUCGAUCAUGGCUUUGUGGAGAUCAGAGACUAUAAAUUGGGACUGGUUUGACCAUCUUUAUAUUUGAAACGGGGAGUUCUUCUUGAAACAUGGAAGGUCUCGCAGCUGUGAUGGUUAGAUUCCCUCAGCUGCAGUGUUGACAUUCUAUCAGCUGGUGAAAAAUGUUGAUCUCUUGGCCUGUGCUCUUUAUUCCCUUCGUAUUUUUAACAUUCUGCGCUGCAAUAUGUAUGAGUAUGAAGCAAGGACUUGGAUUAAAUCCUUUCAUUCUUCACUUCGAACCCUUAUUUUAUAGCCAAAAACAGUUGAAUGAACAAAAUUAUCGGUCCAAACGUUCUCCUAAAUCUGAAAUUCGGUUGCAGUUCACAGCACAUAAUAAAGUCUUUAAACUUAGAAUGAAAUCAGAAAGUUCUAUUUUUGCAUCAGAUGUCUUGUUUGAAUCAUCUAGUAGAGGGAUUUUUGAUUAUGAUAUGAAUAAAGUAUUAAAAGGCCAUUUAGAUGAUGACGAGGAUUCAUCAGUAGAAGGAGUAAUUACAUCAAAUGGACUGCUAGAUGCUGUCGUGAACACAAAGCGUGAACAGUAUUUUAUUGAACCAUCUUCAAGAUACUUUCCAGAUUCACAUCAGCUCUUUCAUUCUGUCAUCUAUCGAUUAUCAGACGUCCAUUUUCCUCUUGGAAAUAUAACCCACAAAUCACCUUCAUCUGUACAUAAACAUGAUAAAAGUCCAUUUUUACAUCAUCAUAUAACAUCAUCAUCAGAUCUCCCACAUUCGGUUGUACAUAAAAAUCGCAAAGACAAUAGUUCCUUGGAAUUCCCAUUAUUUUUGAAACUCUCCUCAAAAUUUCAUUUUCGGCAUUUAAAAAAUAAAACUCAUCAUAUCCGGACUAACUAUCAUUCUCGGACUCUAUUAUCAUCAAAAACAUAUGAGGAUAUUUUAUACUGGAGGGAUGGGGAUUCAUUACAUUAUCGUAAUUUUGAACGAUAUGGUGAUUCUGAACGGUAUGGAGUUCGAUCCAAUCAAAGAACACAUUGGUCUGAAGACAGAACUGAUAGACACAUAGCAAUAGAUCCGCAAAAAAGUACUUGUAUGCUAUACUUGCAAGCUGAUCAUCUGUUUUAUCAGAAAAUGGGAAGUGAGGAAGCUUGUAUUGAGACUAUGACUCGCCAUGUACAGAAAGUGAAUGGUAUAUAUAAAAACACAGAUUUUGAUCAAGACGGACGUCCAGACAAUAUAUCAUUUUUGAUUAAGCGAAUCAAAGUGCACACAUCUGAUGCUUUAAAAGAUCCUGUGUACAGAUUUCCAGGAAAUUAUGGAGUUGAAAAAUUUUUGGAGUUAUUUUCUGAAGAAGAUUAUGAUGCCUUCUGUUUAGCUUAUAUGUUUACUUAUCGUGAUUUUGAGGGCGGAACAUUAGGCUUAGCUUGGACUGGAGAUCUGAAAAAUGCUGGUGGUGUUUGUGAAAAAAAUGGGCACUACAGGGGCAGUUUAAAAAGCUUGAAUACUGGCAUAGUAACGCUCUUAAAUUAUGGAAAAUAUGUUCCUCCUAUUGUUUCUCAUGUCACUCUAGCUCAUGAAAUUGGACAUAAUUUUGGAUCACCGCAUGAUCCUGAAGAUGAUGUUGUAUGCACUCCAGGAGGUGAUAAUGGAAAUUACAUCAUGUUUGCCCGUGCAACAUCUGGUGACAAAAGAAACAAUAACAAAUUUUCACCUUGUAGUGUCCGUAGCAUCAAUGCUGUACUUAACACAAAAGCCAGAAGUCUAAAGGGUUGUUUCACAGAAAUUCAAGAUUCCAUAUGUGGAAAUGGUGUUGUUGAAAAAAGUGAGCAGUGUGAUUGCGGAUGGGAAGAAGAUUGUGAGGAAAGUUGUUGUUUUCCUAUGAGGACUAAUCCUCCUAGAGAUGAGCCUCCUUGUAUGCUUAGACCUAAUGUUAUUUGCAGCCCCAGCCAGGGACCAUGUUGUUCUCAUGAUUGUAGUUUAAAAAUAGGAGAAGAAUGCAGAGGAGAUAAUGGCUGUAGAAGUCCUAGUUAUUGCGAUGGCAAAGGUCCUCAAUGUCCUCCUUCUACAAACAAACCUAAUAAAACAGUGUGCAAUGAAGAGUUUGUUUGUUACAUGGGAGAAUGUACAGGAUCAAUAUGUGUUGCUUAUGGAUUAGAAUCCUGUCAAUGUCGCCGAGGUCCGCGUGAUCCUGCAACCAAAGCAUGUGAAUUAUGUUGCAAAUUACCAGGAGAUGAUUAUAGUUGCAAAUCUUCGUUUGAUUGGAAUUUUGCCCCAUAUGAUGUUCCUGAUCUUUAUGCCAAACCUGGAACACCUUGUGAUAAUUACAAUGGAUAUUGUGAUGUCUUUCAAAAGUGCAGAGAAAAUUUCCAGGUUGAUCCAUCUGGUCCUCUUGCAACUCUAAGAAAACUGUUUUUGUCUAAUGAAAGCAUGGCAUCUGUUAAAAGAUGGAUUUUACUGCAUUGGUGGGUUGUUUUAUUACUGGUUAUCCUCAUUAUUAUGUUUAUGAUUAUUAUCGUUCGUCUGUUUGGAAAACAAAGUGAUCCCGUGAAAUCAGUGUCUGAGAAUGGCCAAGUGAACAAAUCUAUAAGUCUUUUACGUCCUUGCAGUAAUCAACCUUUAGUGAAAGCCCGAACUCAGGCCUUGGCAGCAAGUUCCAGUAUUGCCUUGGCACAUGCCUCCAAUCAUCAGAAAUCAACAAGUAAUUUUGUCAGGACUAGUGUUUCAUCUUUCACUCAAAAGCAUCGACCUUUACUAAUGACCGGAAAUGGUUGGGUAUGACAAUGAGUAAAAGACUUAGUUUGCAUAAUUUAUGUAUGUACCAAAUGUGCACCCUGGUCAGAAAUACAGUUUAUGAUUAACUCGCUCAAAUUUUAUGUAACAUAAGUGAUAAAAAUUAAUUUUGUAAUUUUAUAACUUGUAAAAUUUAAAUGAAAUGUAACUAAUGCUGUCUAUUGAAUAGCUCUUAAUGAGAAUUUAAAAAUAAGUUAAAUUCAAAAUUCUAUUAGCAGUCUUCAUUUUAUUCUGCAUUUACAAAUAGCCAUGUUUUGUUCAAUUGAUGAACAAUGUUUUUAGGUUUAAAAUUUUUUAUUUGCACUUCAACGUUUUGAGAAGCUGUGGAAUUAAGCAAGUCCCACCUAUUUAUGACAUUAUACAAAAACUGUAAAAAUACUUUUCUUCAUUUAUUUCAUUUUUCAUUAAUGCAUUUUUCAUCAUUUCAUUAAUUUCAUUCAUUUUCAUUAAGUAAGUAAACACUAAGUACAUAAUGAUCAAAAUCAAAAAGUUAAUAAAUUAAUUGUAAUUAAAAAUUUAAAGAAUCUUUAUGUAUACUUAUUAAUAAAAGAAAAUAU